AUGCCUCGCUUUCGCUUCUCUGCCCUCUGGGCGGCGCCGGAGGUGUGCCCCGUGAGCAAAAAGGCACGCAGCAUCCCCGUCCUCAACCCCGUCAACGUGUACGGGCGAGUCUUUUUCUUUUCCUGGAUGGGUUUCAUGCUCGCCUUCUGGGCCUGGUACACCUUCCCGCCACUCCUCACCGUCACCAUCAAAAAGGACCUGCACCUCACCGACGCGCAGGUCGCCAACUCCAACAUCAUCUCCCUCAUCGCCACCCUCCUCCUCCGCUUCGCCACCGGCCCGCUGUGCGACCAGUUCGGCGCCCGCCGCGUCUUCUUCGGCCUGCUGCUGCUCGGCUGCCUGCCCGUCGGCCUCGCGCCGCUCGUGCGCUCCGCCUCGGGCCUCUACGCCGCGCGCUUCUUCCUCGGCAUGCUCGGCGCCACCUUCGUGCCCUGCCAGGUCUGGUGCACCGGCUUCUUCGACCGCGGCGUCGUCGGCGCCGCCAACGCGCUCGCCGGCGGCUGGGGCAACGCCGGCGGCGGCAUCACCUACUUCAUCAUGCCGGCCGUGUUCGACUCGCUGGUCGCGCGCCAGGGGAUGAGCCCGUCCGAGGCGUGGCGCGUCACCUUCGUGGUGCCGCUGGUAUGCCUGGUGGCGUGCGGCCUGGGCAUGAUGCUGCUGUGCCCGGACUCGCCGGUCGGCGCGUGGGGGGAGCGUGAGGAGCGCAUACAGGAGAACCUGCGCAGCCUCCGCACGAGCCUGGACGGUGGCAGCGGCAGCAGCACAGAGGUGGGCAGUCCCAAGUCGGGGCUGGCCACGCCCGCGGACGCCUACCUGUCCGACGAGGAAAAGGCCUCAAAGGUACCGGCAAGCCUGGGUGCUGCCGCGGGCGGCCUCUCGCACCAGCAGGCCAUGGACAUUGCACAGGGCGAGGUCAUCGUCAAGCCGCGGCUGCGCGACUCUCUCGGCGUCGUCCUCUCCCCGCAGACGGCCUUCCACGUCGCCACCUACGCCUGCUCCUUUGGCGGCGAGCUGGCCAUCAACUCGGUCCUCUCCGCCUACUACAAGCACAACUUCCCGCACCUCUCGCAGACGGCCGCCAGCAACCGCGCCGCCAUCUUCGGCUUCCUCAACGUCGUCACGCGCCCGCUCGGCGGCGUCGUCGCCGACCUGCUGUACAGGCGCAGCGGCGGCAGCCUCUGGUGGAAGAAGGCGUGGAUCACCGUCUGCGGCGUGCUCUCCGGCGCGCUGCUCGUCGUCGUCGGGCGCGUGGACCCGUCCGCCACACACGGGUCGUCCGCCGGCGCGCUGGUCGCGCUGAUCACGGUCAUGGCCGUGUUCCUUGAGGCCGGCAACGGCGCCAACUUUGCGCUCGUGCCGCACGUGCAUCCCGCGGCCAACGGCAUCGUGUCGGGUGUCACGGGCGCGGGCGGCAACCUCGGCGGCGUGGUGUUCGCCGUCAUCUUCCGGUUCGUGGACGGCGGCAAGGGGUACGCGACGGCGCUCUGGAUCAUCGGCGUGCUGCACGUCGCGAUCAACCUAGCCGUGUGCUGGAUCCCGCCACUGCCAAAGGGCCAGGUCGGCGGGCGAUGA